GAUUAUCCCCCGGUCAUUUCGUCGCGGUCCGUUAGCCAUGUUAUGUGUUGUUGUGGAUGUGUAGCGAGUUUGUCGUGCGAAAAUGAGUAUCGCGGGCGUGAGAAUCGCGUAUCUGUCGUAUAAUCGGCGGCCGCGACGACGGUAAAGUCCCGACGACGAAGGCGCGAAGUGGCAUGUGUUCGCAUCUCACGGUGGUGCAUCGCGCGCGUGUGCAACGGUGGUGGUCGUGCGCCUCCCGGAGGCGGUGGUGAUCUCGGCUUCGGUGCGAAGGAAACCUUUCUAAAGCAGCGGCGGCGGCGGCGUCGCGCGUCGGAGUCUGCGUUGCGACGGACCUGCUCUGGACCCAAAUGGAGCCGCGUUUCCUCGCCGUCCUGUUGACUUCGCUGUUGACAGUGCUCCCACGAGUCAAUGCGGGAGGCUUGGACUUCAUCAUCGAGCCGCGGGAUGUGGUGGUGGAGCAGGGUGGUCCCGCGAGGCUGGACUGCGAGGCGAGGAGCGUCUUUGGCGCGCCGAGUAUAAGUUGGCGCACGGACGACGGUCAGCCGAUCUCGUUUAUCGGAGACACUUAUCGAUCACAGCUAGCGAACAACUCCUUGUACAUAAAUAGCGUAUACACCGGUAGCGCGGAAGUAACCGGAAGUUAUCAGUGCUUAGCCAGCGUAGAUAAUGUCGGAUCGAUUGUCUCCCGGACGGCCACGAUCAAACUAGCAAGCCUGCCCGGUUUCGAGAGAGAGCCUCAGGACACUAUGGUUUAUGCCGGACAGAUUGCAUAUUUAAGCUGCGCCCUGCCCGCCUCCUCGAGCCUGUUAAAGAUACAGUGGCUGAAGGACGAGCAUCCGUUAGCGCUCGAUAAAAGUCGAAUGACUAUCCUACCGUCAGGCGCGUUGGAAAUCGACGACGUUCAGAAUAACGACAUCGGCUCGUACAGAUGUAACGCCACUGGCUACGGCCAAUAUAGACUGAGCAACAAAGCACAAUUAGGUUUAAUAUCCAGCGACAUCGAUGAAGAAUCCAACGCUCCGGUAUUCAUCGCACAACCUUUGCAACAAGUAGCCGUCGAAGGGUCCGCCGUGACCCUCGAGUGCGCCGCCAACGGUAAUCCGAAGCCGACGAUUCUGUGGCUCAAGGACGGCGUCGCUCUCGAUUUGACGUCGUCCGAUUCUAGGUAUCGCGAAGUCGCAGCCUCCAGCCUAAUGAUCACGCAGGUCAGAGAAUCGGAUCAAGGCUCGUAUCAGUGUCGUGCGGAAAACGAUGUGGACUCCUUGGACGCGGUCGCUGAAUUAAUUGUACAAGUUCCGCCGAAAUUCAUAAAAAAGCCGGAGGACAAGACGGCGAGUGAGAAUCAAGAUCUGGAGUUUGAGUGCAAGAUCUACGGUCAACCAGAGCCGAAAAUCACGUGGCUGAAGAACGGCGAGCGCAUCACACUGAGCGCGUACUGGCAAAUCGUCAAUGGAGACAACUUGAGAAUCAAUGGACUGUUACCUAUUGAUGCAGGAAUUUUCCAGUGCAUAGGCGUGAAUUCCGCUGGCAGUGUUCAAGCCGCAGCCCGUCUCACAAUCAACGAACUCAAGAGAACGAAUUCCCGUAAAACGACAACUCCCAAGACAGUUCCCAAGAAAAAGUUAUUGCAGCACCGACAGUUGUAUAAUAAGACGUGGCAACAUCCGAGCACCCUCCUAGGACACACGUUAUCGCUUACACCGAACCCACCGCUCUCCAUAAGUCCCUCCGACGAUCCCGCGGACCUCCUCCCAGGCUCGAUUAAGGAUCCUAACUUCCUUUACGAUCCUGACACCCAUUUUAUAGAUGGCACGGACACUCAUGAGGCGUUUGACGGCGGUGUGCCGUCCCCGCCGAGGAACCUGAGCCUCGUCAUCGUCAACGCGAGAUUCGUUACGCUACGCUGGCAGGAGCCGGAAAAUACGAAUGGCGACAUCAUCAAUUACUCCGUUCAUUUCAAGCAAGAAGGAGCCAUGAGGGAGAGAGUCAUCCAAACGCAACAGAAGCUGGAGGCCAUGGUACGCACCUUGCAGCCCGGCAUGACGUAUCAGUUCCAUGUGAUCGCGCAGAACGCUCGAGGAAUCAGCGCGCCUAGUGAAGUACUGCCAGUCACAACGCUGAUAGAGGCCGAUGUUCCUGGACCGCCGAAAGAGGUGGUGGGUCACGCGACAAGUAGCACGAGCAUUACUUUAUCGUGGAACGAGCCGGAUAUUAUUAACGGUCGAAUAUCUAAAUAUAUUAUUACAUUUAUGGAGGGCGACGAUGAAGAAGUAACGCGUGAAACUACUAGUACAACGUAUGACUUGGUAGAUCUCGUGCCUUAUACGGAAUACAGUAUUAGAGUUCAAGCGGUCAACGAGAAUGGCCCGGGCGCGUUUAGUAAGGAUUUCGACAUUCGGACUCACAGCGCACAACCCACGCAACCGCCGUAUAACGUUACGUUAGAAGCAGCUAGUUCGACGAGUAUUAUCAUAAGAUGGGAGCCUCCGCUCAAGGGACAGAACGGGAUUAUCACGGGUUACAAAAUCCGUUAUCGCAAAUAUCCGCACGAUCAAUCCGGGGAUUCCCAUCGCCGUCCCCCGAUUACGGUGACAGGAAAUCAACGUCUGUACGUGCUGAACGGGCUUGAGAAGCACGUCGUGUACCAAGUUCGCAUAUGUGCCUUCAACGUCAAUGGAACUGGGCCGUGGACGGAGUGGACGAAAAUAGAAACAUACGAGAACGAUCUGGACGAAACGAAAGUACCCAAUAUACCCAGUAAUCUAAGAGCGAAUGCUGUGGCGGAUUCUAUACUAGUAUUGUGGCAUCCCCCGAAAGAUCCAAGCAUAAAAGUGAGAUCGUACAAAUUAGGCUGGGGCAAAUUUUAUCCUGAUGUCGAGUUUCAAAUUCUCGAUGGCAAGCAACGAUCUUACGCCAUCAAACCUAUAGAACCAACAGCGGAGUACGUAAUAUCCUUAAGAGCAACGAAUAACGUUGGCGACGGUCAACCAGCGUACGCGAAUAUAAGAACUCCCGAACGUUUUGUAUCUGAAUCCGCAGUGCCUUUAAUACCACCAGUUGGCCUUAAAGCUAUCGUGCUCUCAGCUACUACCGUUGUGCUGUAUUGGACUGACACGACUUUAUCGAAAAGUCAAUAUGUCACCGAUAGUCGGUUCUACGUGGUGCGUUACACAUCCUACCAUCACAGCAACAGUCCGAGAUACAAAUAUUUCAACGCCACCGAUCUCAACUGCAUGAUUCACGAUCUGAAGCCCAACACGCAGUACGAGUUUACGGUCAAGUUGGUCAAGGGCAAACGGAGCUCGCCGUGGAGUAUGGUCGUUCUAAAUCAAACCCAGGAAGCCGCGCCCAGCACAGCACCGCGGGAUCUCACUAUUCAAACCGUCGAGGAUCAUCCGACCUCCGUUCUAUUGCGAUGGCAACCUCCCAAGCAAUCCAACGGCCAAGUUACAGGUUAUCUCAUAAUUUAUUCCACCGAUAAUACUAAAUGGGAUCGCGACUGGCAAGUGGAGGGCGUCAUUGGCGACAAAGUGGACGCGGUUGUGAAGGGUUUGCAGCCUAACACGAUGUACUACUUCAAGAUCCAAGCUCGCAAUUUAAAGGGAUACGGACCGUUCUCCACGACAAUCUCAUUUAAAACGCCACAAAGCAAUGGCAUGGAUAACUAUGAUGAAUUGCAUGGUCGAGAUGGACGUGGCCUUUCCAAUUUAUUGAUUUACAUCAUCGUGGGCUUUUCAAUCGUCAUCGUCACCGGUAUAUCGGUCGUGGUUGUAGUGUGCUGUAAACGUAAUCCAAGCUCGCCAGAUCGCAAGAAAGGAUAUAUGAAUGACACGAAUCAGAAGACGAAUAUCAAGCCGCCGGAUCUUUGGAUUCAUCACGAUCAAAUGGAGCUGAAAGCACUGGAGAAAUCGUCGUUAAACGGCGAAGCGUCGACCAGCGGUGUCACCAGCAACACAUUACCCAGGUCGAGCAAUCCGGAAUACAGUCAGGAUAAUGUACACGGCAACUCCAGCUCGCUGGAUAAACGUACUUAUGUGCCAAGUUACAUGGGUAACACUGACGAGAAGUGCUCGACCCUGAGCAGACAGCACAGUCACGGCAGCCACAAACCCAAACUAAUCACACUCCCCGUUGACAGUACACCUUUGCAUCAGCCCAUAGCUACGGCCACCCCGAUCGUGAACAGCAGCAUGUCGCAGCCGACCAUUCACACGUCCUGCAGCGACACGUCGUCGAUGAGGCAGAACUAUCCGCGCACGGUAGCGCAAUACAGCCUGAAUCGGGCGCACGUCACGCUGGAACCGACGCCGGAGUCCAGCCCGGAUUCCUGCAAUAUGCCUAGCUCGUACGAGCCAUUACAGAGUCAAUUAUCAUACGGCACAAGCGGACAAUCGUACACCGGAAACGCCCAGUACGCCCCUGGUCAUUACGGGAACAGUAAUCAACCGAUUAAUAAUACCGUCGGAGUGGAGAACAACAGCAAGCGGCUGCAAGGACAUCCCCUUAAGAGCUUCAGCGUGCCGGCACCACCGCCGCAGAGUGCUCCUUCAACGCCGGCGCAGCAGAAGCACGGUGUGUCGCAAGUGACGGUGAGGCCAACAAUGUCCGGAAGCCCGUACAAGAAACCGCAAAGCUCGACGUCGCAAUUAGCGAAAAACCGUCUGGCUUCCGUGUCGAACGCGGCACACACCUCGGAAGAAGUUGAACGGUUAAAGCCUUCGUAUAGCACCGAAGAAUUGAAUCAGGAAAUGGCCAACUUAGAGGGUCUUAUGAAAGAUCUGAAUGCCAUAACAGCAUCGGAAUUCGAAUGCUAAAGUAGGUUCCUAAACCUUGUGCCAUCCUAACUGAUGGAUAGACUGCAACGGUCACAUUCUCAAUGUUAGUACCUGAGAGAUAAAUUAAUCACGGCACUUUAUACGGUUUGUAUCACAUUCUUUUUCUUCUCUUCUAAUUCGCACGAUUACUGUCGGAAUUGCGCGUGAGAAACCGAACGGUUAAUUAGCGCCGAUGAACGGCGCAAUUAACGCGUGAUCCGAAUGCUCGAUUUUCAAGCGUCGUAAUUGGCGAUUCGCCGAAUCAUUCCAUUUCGAUUGACGUCUCCCUCUCUCUCCGGUACUAGCGUUGCUCGUUUUGAGCGUGAGACUCAAAGUUGUACUUGCCAAUGUAUUCCGACAGCGUCGCGUAUUCUUGCGGCGUAUUUUUUUUUAUAACGCGGACACGCAAGUACCAUGCUGCGGGAAAGCCACUCGACCAGCACUCUUUGUGUUAUAGACGUUUACAAUGUACCACAUGUGUGUGAAUGUGCUGGGCGCGUAUAUACCGAUCAGGACGUAAGUUACACAUGAUCGAUUUCCGGCGUGUUUUCUACGAUGUGUGAAAGUCAGUGUACAAUAAUAAUAUAGUCAAGUCCGUGCGAGUAAGGAGCAUCUUUCGACGUCUUUUUUCGAUAUCUGCGUGAAAGUUCAGGGUGGUUUUAAUCGUGCGACACCCGACGAUUGCGCUUUUGCGCACGUUAAUCGUGUGCUCUUGCCUAAAUGAAGAAACUAAACUUGUAUUAGUACGCUUUUGUACUCCCAGCGAGAAGCUCAUGCGUCGCUCGUCGCUAUCUCGUAUUCACGUAAUUCGUAUUUGUACGAUUAAUGCGUUACUUUCGUCGAUGCUUACGAUUGCCAUAUUUACGCUUUAAAAAAAGAUGGGGCACGCGUCGUUUGAUCGAGCAGUUUACGGUUCUAAAUGAAUAAAAACGAAAGGUAAAAUUUUAGAUAAAAUUCCAAUUCUAUUUUUGUAUCUGAAUUAUUUCGCGAUGAGCUUUAUUGUAUGGUUUUAUACUUGGAAGCUACGCUUGUUCACAUUUCUAUUUUCACGAUAUUAAUUUGUUUAGAAGAAAGUGUAUAAUAUAAUCAUGAACGGAUGAAUUGUUGUACUCAUCCCAACAUUUUCUUUGUCAAGUUGACAACUCGCUCGAUACUCUGUUUUACGCUUUAAGGACCGUAAAAGUUGUAUAUUUUGUUUCGGACGGCCUUAAUAAGAUGUCUACGUUAACACCUUAUCGACGAGGCCGACGUUACUCACGUUUGGAAUAACUAUUUUCAGCGUCGACUAAUCUGAAUAAACUAUCAUCGUCAAAGAAGACGAUAUUUUAUUCUUCAUAUCAGUAAUCUUCUGUCGACAAGAGUUCUGUUUUAACCGGUUAAAGUUGACGCUGAAAAUAGUCGUCCUUAAUACAAAAAGGAUCUUUGCACAGAAAUGAAUUGCAAAUUUAUUUUUUACUUUAUUAUUUUACUUAUCUUUUCGAUGUCAUAUUUUUAAAAUUUGAUAAGGUAAAACAAUAAAGAUUAGUUUUAUUUUACAUUAUCGAAUCGGCAAUGUAACUUUUAAACGAAAAUCUUGAUGAUCUGUGUAUGAUUGCACGCGAUACUCAUUUCGUCGCGUUCCGUAAUAAAUAAUAUUAAAUCCGGCGCGAAACAGCGUGGAUAAGGUGUUAAGUUGCUCUGUGUACUCGACAACCUUGGCAGCUUGCAUUUAUAGAAGGAUUUCGUGCGUGUAUCCUUUGUUGAAGCAAUCACCAACUAGUAUUACGAUCUCAUUGGGAAGGAUUAUUUUAGAAUUAAAUGCGGAUAUAUUGCGAGUAUGGGUAUUAUAGACUAUUUAGUAUAAUGAAGUGAACGAUCGAUUUUCCUCCUAGAUUUCCUCCCGAAAGGCGCAUAAAGUCGCGCGCAGGAUUUAAUUUCGCAGCAUCCUUUCGGGCCUUUCACUCUAUCCGUUUCUAGAAGCAAACUAUUUUACGUAAGAGAGCAGUAAAGAUUACAUUAUCGUCGGAUACGGUCCAUUGAAGUAAAGUAAGUUUCAAAUCUCUCUUGCGAGUCGCUCGUGCGAGUUAAAGUAUUAUCGAUAAAAAAUUGUAUACAAAUAUUUUUCGUAGGAUAUACAUAUUUCGUAUGAAUUUGUAUUUUCACUUACUUGGGAUGCACAAACCGGGAACCGGCAGCUUAGGAAAGAUUUUUAUAAACUUAAUGCAACGCUCAAACUUUCACCGGAAGAAUCGUCGACGUAUAUGCACGUAUAUCCAUAUUUAUAUCCAAGCCAUUUUAUAUAAACCAUUUACUGCCAAUUCAUUCAUGCAUAUCCGUCAAAGUACAUACACAUACGUUUCCUUCCAAUAAUAAAGACUCUCCAAGAAAACAUUAACGCGGAAGCGCGUUUGGACUCCAAUUCACGAUGAACAAAUGUAAUGAUUGUCAUUUUACAUAUUGCUACGAGAUAAUAAUGCUAAUAGAAGUUCGAAUCGUAUUCAAUCGUUUUUGGAGCACUUUUGUACUUUCAUAACACUCGAGGUAUUGUACAGAAGUCUUGUAUAUUAAGGGUGUUGUACCGUACGCGAGUUAGUUGGAACUCGAGUAAUAGAAAUCGAGUUUAUACUUUUGCCAGCGUGAAACAUAUUGGAAACAAAUUUGUGAAGAAUUGUGAAAGACGCGAAAAGUUGUGAAAUUAUUGUGCGAUGUUUAAUUCUUUCGUGAUCAAAUUAUGUAUGUUUCGUUUGUAUGUCAAUGGAUGAAUAUUUUUAAUCUUUUUUUGAUAAAAUUAUAAGAGGAAAAGUAAGCGGAACAUAGAUGCAAUACGAGCAUGUUUUACUGAUCAUCAAAUAAUAUAUAUCUAGGUUUUAAAUGAUUUAUAAAACUUUCAAAAUGACAAUUAAUUAAUUAAGGUAGGCUCUCUAAUUUUUGAUAUAUAUUACUUGAGUUCUGAACAACUUGUGUAGUGCACAAAUUUCGAUGUAACACAAGUUUCCUAAAAAAAGCCGAGAGAACAAUGUUGUACCAUAAUUCGGAAUAUUACGUAUUACUUGCCGGUGAUAAUACAUAGAUAAUACCGCCCAAUACAAUUUAUACAUAGAAUAAAUGAAGUUUUUUCGUUGUCGGCUUAGCUCGAUGAGAAAGAGAGAGAGAGAGAGAGAGAGAACACUGCAAGAAUUAUUAGCGUUCGAGUGUAUUACGGUCUCUGUUCGCCAAAUAGCGCUACAUUCGUAAGUUAACUAUAAAGAGAAUAUAUUAUUUAUAAACGUGUUAAUACGUUUUUCUCGGAUACGUGUGGACAUUUUACAAUACAUUAUUGUUUCUCAUAUUAAUGCUUUUAUAAGCUGUACGCAAGCUUUUACGAUCGCGAGAAAAACAUAAGUGAGCUAUACCGAUAAAGAGACAGCUUGUACAUUAAGUAUAUAUAUGAUAUAAAUAUGAAAGUUGUAUCUAUUGCGCUGUUGAUGAAGAAGAAAAAAAGCGAACAGGUACUUUUUAAUUGAAAGAUAGGCCUACGCAGAGGGCCUGGUGAAAAUAUUUUACCACAAAAGUAUAAUUAGCAUAGAGUAAAUAUAUAUUUAUCUAUAUAAAAUUAAUAUUAUUUAUUGAUUUCUACUAUGCGCUGGGAUUUAUGACCGGAAUACAAGACGAAGUGCGAAAUGUUUAGAGGCUGAUUUGCAUUCGACCGUCACCAUAUUAAUACACCUCUUGUUCUUACAACUCAUCAACGAAUCGAUCAUCCGUAUUUUAGCUUUUAUAAAUUAGUAGAUAAAUAAAUUACCUAGUAUUAGCAUUUAUAAAUUCGACGGUAAUAUAUCGCGAUUAAGAAUGGUCGGCUUAUCGAUGUACAUAAUACACAAACACCGCCACUUUAUAAGAUGAUCGAGUAUUUAUAUAUAUAUUAUAUAUAUAUAUACAUAGCCCUUAUUGAAUAUAAUUCUUAUAUUUGUACGAUAUACGAUAUAAGGAGAAGCCCGCCCCGAGACGAAACAUUCAUAACAAGUGUGUGAUAAUAUUUGUAAAACUUAAUAUUCAAUAAACAAU